AUGCUCAAAAUAUUUUUAUCAACCAUAUUUUUUGGAAUUUUUUUUCUUUUCUCCAAAGAGGAAUCAAUACCAAAUAUUUCUGUAAGAAAUAAUGAAAUAAUAGAUUUAGUCAACAAAUUCUAUGAUUCCGAUAUUAAUGCACCAACAGGAGAAAGUAUUGUUUUAAAUUAUCAAGGACAUACAGCUUUAAGAAAUGUUAAUGAUGUUGCACCAUUACCUUUAUUUACAAAAGUGGAUACUAGUAUAAAAAGAAAACCUACUUUUAAUGCUUAUUUUGCAUUAAUGGAUAAUUAUAUAGAGAAUGUUGGUGUACGGGAAUCAAUAACAACGGAAGAGACAAAUGAGAUUGAUAACUUUUUAAAUUUAGUUAUGAAUACAACAAUUGGAAUAGAAUUUUAUAAUUUUUUAAAAUUAAAAAAACAUCCUUUUGUUAAUAGUGACAGAAUAUAUAAAAAUUGGUUGAAACAACUUUGGUUUGGUACAUAUUCUAGAGCGAAAGGUGUACCAGAUACUUCUGGUUUUGAGCAUGUUUUUAUGGGUGAAAUAAAAAACGAUGAAAUUUCCGGCCUUCAUAAUUGGUAUCGUUUUUAUUACUUGGAAUCUCAAGGACAAAAACAAAGUUUCGAUUACAAAGGUUAUAUAAUAAAACGAUUUAAAACUAUGGCUUCCGUCAAAUAUUCAUGGAAAGGAUAUUUUAAAAAAGGUGGAAGUUUUUUUAUUGGAACGUCACCUGAAUAUGACUUUUUUGUUUAUACUUUAUGUUUUCUUUUUCGAAGAGGAAAUAAUGGCUGUGGUAUCGAAGUUAAUGGUUGUACUGCCUCAAUUACUUCUUAUGAAAUUCAUCAAAAUAAUAAAAUUUACAUAGGAACUCUUUUUCCUAAUAUUGGACCGCUCAAUGAAAGAUGUAGAAGAUUUAAUUCUAGGUAG